UGUAGGAGCAGUAUGACCAGACAUGGGAAGGAGUUGAGACAAGAUGAUGAGACCCUGAGACCACUUACAUGGGAGAGCCAACACACCAUGCAGCCUGGCCAGUAACAAACCAUGAGAAGUGUUCUCCUGAUGCUGAUGCUGUCAAUCACACAUACCCAGCGCCUCUCCUCAUGUCCAGCCUCCUGUGUGGUGUGUUCUGAAGAUGCUGUCAUCUGUUACAAGCUCUCCAACAUCCUAGAGGCCCCUGAGACCACCAAGGCCCUGAUGCUGACCGACGGCUCCAUCGUGUCCGUGGACCGCCACUUCCUGUCUGACAUGUCCAGCAUGACCGUGCUGUCCCUCAGCCACAACGCCAUCACCACCAUCACCCACGACGCCUUCCAGAACCUCACCGUCCUCCACACCCUCCUCCUGGACCACAACCACCUCUCCAGCCAGGCCCUGGGGAGGGACACUUUUUCCUGGCUGCCCAGGUUGGAGAUCCUCAAGCUGGGGAACAAUGCCCUCGGGGAAGUCAACGGCUCCUGGUUCCAUGCCGCUGGGGCCCUGCGGACGCUGCAGCUGGAAGGGAAUCGCCUCUCCAGGCUGGACGCCACCACCUUUGCCUCGGCAGACCUCCAGGGGCUGGAGACCUUGGAUCUGUCCGAUAAUCUGAUCACAUAUCUGGGGAGGGAUAGCUUCCGGGGUCUGCUGGGGCUGCGUAGUCUGGAUCUGUCCAGGAAUCAGCUCCAGAGUGCCCCGCCAGAGGUGUUUUCGUACCUAUCGUGGAUGUCUAGUCUGAACCUGGAACUAAACUGGUGGAACUGUACAUGUGAGCUGAGGAACCUGGCGUCUUUCCUCACCAGCUAUAUGGAGGCUCCGGAUAAGGUACUGUUCAACGGGCGUAGGAUGGUGUGUGUGAGUGCUGACAACCCGGCAGUGAAGACGGUGCUGGAGCUGACAGAGGCCAACUGUGUUCCAACAAAUCAGAACAUCACAGUGCAGGUUGAGGCUAGGAACGCCAUCUCCUCUCAGCGUUAUACCAGAGACCUGGCUCUGGCUGCAGCCUUCUGCUUUGCUGGUGGCGUUGGACUCACCCUAGCUGUGGUGUACAUCGUUUACUGCAAACUGGGGAUGAACAAGAGCCUGAAGGUCUGGAGAGACAGGACUGGAGCUGAGGAGGAUGAGAAUGGGAGGACAGCUCCCACCCAAACAGUCACCCAGUGGGAUCUGAGCAGGGAGAAUGAGCUCCUACCUAUGGCUCAAAUGGGACUGGAAACCAAGCUGAUCAUUCCCAAUAGCCACCUUCAGCCUUGGGACAGGGAGAGAGCCAUGUUUGACCUGAGAAUAGGCAAAGAUGGCGGCCAUUUUACAUGCCCCCAUUGUGGCCCUGCAGUCAGUGGGUCUGCAAUGGAACUGGGGGUAGGAGAUGGACACUUGGGGGCACCCCUGCACAUGCUCAGACAAGGGGGAGGCCAGCCCAACAAGAUGGAGAGUCUGGCCAUGACAGAGGAGAGUGACGAGAGGAAGAGACAUGUGCCCCAACAAGCACUGAUAUCAAAGACAAAAGAUCUAAGCGGUCAAAGGUCAUUGGUCGGGCCACCACAGGGUCAGAGCAACCAUAUUCUUAGUCAGGAGGAGUUACUCUAUCACCAGCAGAGUUUAAAUAUAAAAAGCCAUGAUGGUUCUAAUGGCAACAACCAGCUAUUGGGUGGCAGGAGUUACUAUUCACCUGCACAUAGAAACAUGCCCACACAUAAAAGUCUAAAAGAUGAGAUGGUAAGACCUGGAAAUCACAUAGGCCUUGACAACAGACCGUCAAAAAUGGACUUCCAAUCAGAGCAUGGUAGAACUGUACCUGACUGUCAACCCCAAACCGUCAGCUGUGUGAACUGUUACAGAACCUAUGAGUAUGUACAACCAGGGGAGAAAGUCAGAGAUGUAUUGUAUGACAUCAGUGCAAGAGAAUCUGCUGGGUAUGAUGGUUCUCCCAACCACAACCCACUUACAAGGCUAAACACCCGAAGGAGCAUGAACUACAACCAGUCUAAUAUGGAUAUCUAUGCAAAGCCUGCAAGCAAGCAGAGGAGUGUGACUUUUGACUUGGAAAGAUCUGGAGUGCAUGUCGUUGAUGUACAAAGGAUGAACAAUGACAGGGAAGAUAAACAUGACAGGAUUAAAAGUUCUAGGAAAGCGGAAAAUGGUGAUAAACAGAUCCUGAGCUAUGAAAGCAUUGGACGAUCUGUGUGGAGUAAUGGUCUUGAAAGAGAGGACCACUCCAAAAGGCAUAAACAUAAAGCCCAGUCAGAUGGUUUACUAAAAGUGAAGCUCAACCUUAACCCUCUUAAGAAAAGCAAGGUCCAUCCAAGGAAAAACAACCACAAGAGACUAGAACAGGGCGAUAGAGAAAGAACUGACUCCAAGAACCGAAAGCAACUGAAAAUGAGGGAUCAAGAUGCCAAAGGCAAAAGGCACAACCAGGAAGAGUCUAAAGAAAAAACAGACAAAUCCAAUAAAGGAAACUCGUCUCACAAAAACAAAGCCAAUCAGUCAUCCAAAAAUAAAUCUACCACCAGCAAGUCUAAAGAAACUGAUGAAACUAAUGAAGAUCAAGAGGAAGAAGAUCCAGUGCCACAGGAAAACAAUACAUCAAAACAUCAGGAGGGCUCGAAUGGUGACCAUUCCAAGAAGAGUAGAGCUGAUUCAUAUCAGAAAACCGACGUCACACAAAAUAAAACUGGAGGAGAAACAGAGGAAUCUGGUGGAGCACCUAUACCAAGUAAUGUGAGUCCUUACCAGUCAUACCUCAAUGGAGCUGGUGGGAGUUCAGCCAAUGGGCAACAGGUGGAAAAAUACAGAAAUGGACAGUGCCAAGCACCGAUCCCUGAGGUGCCCCAACCCCCCGGUUACCUAGGCGAUGGAGUGACUCUUCAGAGGACAUUGAGUAGCCCACAACUGUCAGCUGCAAAGCCCCUCAAAGGAAUGGAAAGGACUUCCAGUUACAGUAACCUUGCUGUCCAGGGAGGAAACUCUAUACUAUUACAAAACACUGUUGCACCAAACACCAUUUAUGGUGGCAACUCACAGGCUCAAAAUCUGAGUAGACAAGGCAGUUUAGGUCCGCCAUCUUUACUGACUAACAUCCCACCCACAUCCCCACUAUGUACAGACAAUGCAGGGAGCUCACCUGUAAAUCCACUGAUUCAGCUGUUGUCACAGUCAGUUCGAGGCAACUCCAACCAGGGGGCCAUGAUCGGCUCUCAGCCAGCCCAGUUUCCAGUACCCCAAGGAGUGGGAGAUCUUACUCUGCUUGCCCAGGGUCCAGGUUCACUAAAUGGGCAGAAUAUCUCUCAGCUUGCUCAGGGUCCUGGAUCACUAAAUGGGAAGAAUAUGUCUCAGCUUGCCAGGGUCCUGAUCACUAAAUGGACAGAAUAUCUCUCAGCUUGA